CAGAAUAUGGCGGGUUCCUCGAUUAACUUCGAAACAUGUGAUUCUAAAGACAGACCGUUGUCAUUUUCGAAUAAUAAUGAAAAUAAUAACAAUAACCAGAAAGAAAGCUGUAAGGAAUUACUUAAAGUUAAUCCCAAACGAGAGUUUGAGAGAUAUUUCCUGAAGAAAGAUUUCAACUUUAAUGGAGAACGCAAAACAUAUAAACUUGGAGCUUGUGAAGCCCUGAAACAAGUGAAAGAUUUCCUACCAAAAAUGAAGGAAGCACAAGAGAAGCUAUCAAGUUCAGUUUACAAUAUAGAAGAUGUCAAAGAAGAUGAAUCAUUUAUUAAUAUGGACAUCCAGUUCGUGCAGCUGCCAAACGUGGAUAGUUCCUCGUCGGAAAGUGAAGAAGAAACAGAAUUAGGUGAUUCUCGUACGGUUGAGGUUACUGAAGACAAUAUAAUACUUAGUAAGAACUGUGAAAGUAAGAGAGUCCUUAUUGAAGAUAUCACAUGACAUGCGCAGAUUUGUGAACGUACGAUAAUGUAAAAUUUAAUAAACACUAUUUCAUUUACUGACGUGUAGCACUAGUACACAUCAUUGACAUCAUAAAUUUUCACUUAUGUA